AUGGAUUUAAAAAAGAUGUCAAAUGCGGAUAAAGUGACUCUUUGCCGGCGCUAUUUCUAUAUCGGAUUUGCGUUGUUGCCAUUGGUUUGGAUUGUUAAUGCAGUCUGGUUCUUUAGAUGCGCAUUCAUUGAGCCAUCACCAGUUCAGAAGAUUCUCAGGCGAUAUGUGUUGUAUUCAAUUAUCGGCGCCUCUUUGUGGUUGCUGCUGCUCAUGGCAUGGGAAAUAUUCUUUCAGUUCGAACGAGCCAAAGGUUUAGAGUGGACCGAUCGUUUAUCAUUUGUCUUUCCAGUUGGAUACGUGUAA